GUUCUACUCCCACCCGAACCAUAUGGGGAAUCCAGGCCUGUCCAAUCAUAUUCAUGAAAUGAGAUCGUGCAUUCAAAAACGAAAGGUGAUAAAGUCUAUCUGCCCUUUGUAAUAUCAUUAAUUGAUUAUAAAAGACUGUUAAGCCCAUUCACAAGGGAGAUUUCGCUUUACCCUUUCACCUUUCAAUCCCGCAACGUCUUCAAAUACUCAAAUAUGGGUGUCUCACCUGUUCCACCAAUCGCGAUUAUUGGCGGUGGCCCAUGUGGCCUAAUGUUAGCACGUCUGCUCCAAACCGCAAGCAUCAACUAUGUCGUUUUUGAACGCGACGGUUCACCAACAUCAACCGUCAGAAGCCAAGGCGGCACGCUGGAUAUCCACAAAGAAUCAGGCCAGGAAGCGCUUCGUCGCGCAGGUCUCCACGACCAGUUCAAGUCAUUGGCUCGAUACGAUGCAACAACAAUGACACUGAUGGACUUUCAAGGGAAGUUCCGUGCUUCAUUCGGGGGCGACGAUGAUGGUGACAGACCUGAGAUCGACCGUCAACAGCUGCGACAAUUGCUACUCAAUUCUUUGUCCACUGAUCGUAUUCGCUGGGGCAAGAUAUUGGAUGCUGUUUACGAGAAAGAAAAUGGAGAAGCGCGUGAUUGGACUCUCAAGUUUCGCGAUGGAUCGACUGAGAGUGGCUUUCGACUCAUUGUCGGAGCAGACGGUGCUUGGAGCAAAGUGCGGUCUCUUGUCACCGAUGCUAAGCCUAUCUAUUCUGGGAAAUCGUUCAUUGAGGGCCGAAUAUCCCCAAGCAACUCUCAAUACAAACUGGCGCAGCAAGUAGCAGGCAAAGGAACAGCCAUGGCAAUGAGCGCCAAAUCCACUCUCGCAGUGCAACAGUUAUCAGAUGCAUCAUACCGAAUGUACAUGGGCGUAGUGGCACCUGAGUCCUUGACGCGUCCUGGAGGUGAUGCUGAUCCAAACGACAUGGAGAAAGCGCGAAAGACGAUGCUUGGACCUGGAGGCUUUUACGAAAACUGGACGCAAGACUUGAGACGUUUGAUCGAAGCAUCUGAGGGACCGUGGCGACCCUGGCCACUUUAUCGCCUCGACAAGUCCCUCUUCUCUUCUAAUGAUGACCAAGAUGUACACAGUGACCGACCUCGAUGGAGGCGCGUUCCCGGCGUUGUUUUACUUGGAGACGCUGCGCAUCUCGCUACUCCAAAUGGCGAAGGCGUGAACCAAGCUAUGUAUGACGCGCUUGUACUAUUCGAUCAAAUCAUCUCCGAAACUGGUGCUGAUCGCGAAGGAAGCUAUGAUCAGAAAACUGAUGCAGAAGCUCUAGAGCGGGCAAUUUCUGCAUAUGAGAAAGAGAUGCGACCUAGAGCUUACGAGCAUAUCCAGAGCAGUAUCGACAUGGAAAACAUGAUGUAUGCUGAUGAUGGGGCUCAGCAGAUGAUAGAAGCUUUCAAAUGUGCUCACGACGAGAGCUGA